AUGAAAGAGCAGACGCCUGACACGCCUCGAGAGCACUCGCCUAUCAAGCCCGAGAGCAAGUCUGGGGUAGCAAGUGUCUCCUCACCCGCCUCCCUCAAGAGAAACGUCUCUCCUCCUCCAAUCAAUCGCCGUCGUCAACAUCACCGCAAAUCCAGAACCCAUAGUGGGCUCUCAACAAACUCAGCGACCAAAUCAGAUACUGCACAGGUUGAAGCUGGUGAAGUCGACAUCGAUGACCAUGUAUCAUUCUUCUCCUCGAAGCUGUUGGCGGCUACCCGCCCGCCUGUGGAAGGAGGCCAACCGAGACUAUCCCACUCCAGCUGGUUAGCCCUUUACCGUGGCAACCUGCAUGAUAGAGGCCAUCAUUUCGUCGUGCAUCAACAUGACCAUCCCAUUGCGGGAACUCAUUAUGAUCUCCGCUUGCAAUGCAAUGCCACCAGCUCGAUCAGCUUUGCCCUGCCGUAUGGCCUUCCUGGCGACCCGAACAGUCGGAGAUUGAACCGAUAUGCCAUUGAGACCAGAGUGCAUAAUCUGUGGAACCAUCUGAUCGAGACUGCUUCUUACGAGACAGGAACGAUGCUUCUGUGGGACACCGGUGAAUACGAGGUAAUCCCGUACGACACGUCUAACAAAAACGCCAGCACGGUCGAGGCCACGGCUACCGAAGGGUCAGACUCGGAUACAGACAGCGAGCUUGUCGCAAGGCGAGAGGCAGAAUCCGAACCACAGAAACUCCACCGGGCUUUUCGAAAUCGCAAGAUCAAGCUCCGACUCAACGGCACGCGCUUACCAAAAGACUACACCAUUAGCGUCAGACUCCUGGAGGACAAUAAUCGCAUUGGACAGCCUGACGCUCCGGCCUUCAAGCGACGAAGGACGACCAUCAUCAGCAAUACCCCUUCGAACCCGGCGGUAAGAAGAAAUUCACAGGUGCAGGAGAUCGAAACCUCGUCAGAUUCGAGCAGGCCAUACUCUCCGUCUGCAGAGGCUGAGAGCGAUGAAGCUUCUCUCCACAGCGGUGCCCCAAGUCCGACAGGAACAAGCUUCGACAGCCUCGAAAAUUCCCUGACACGGAAGAGGCCCCCAAAACUCAAGCGAAAUGUGUCCUCUCUUCUACGUACCGCGUCUCCUCCACCACCAAGACGAGGCAGUUCAAUUGCCCAUGUGCCGCGAACAAAGUCCCCACAAUCAUGGAAUUCUACAGGCUCCUAUGCAACUGCUCACCCGCAAUCUCAGGUUGAAGUCCCGCGUCCGACCCUCUCAACUCAUACCCGAUCUACAACCCUUCCCAGCUCCAUGCCACACCUCCCGAGUCCUUCAGCUGAAACCCUUUCCCAAAGGCAGCCCGACAACUUGACCACCGAAGCCAGAGAGGACAUAACGAUCCGCCAAUCCAACGCUUACCCGGGCGCAACCAACACUAUAAACUCCAUCCAUCAACGAAAAUGGUUUCUUUCUCUGGACCGCGCCGCAUGCGGCUUUCGACCUACCAAUGAAUUCGCGUUUGGGAGACGAGUCUGGAAGCGUCCGCGGCUCACGGGCACAGAUACGAGCGGGGAACAAAAGAGCGACGUAGGAGGAUUCAAACCCUUCUAUGUUCGGGGAAGGGAAGUGGAAACUAGUGUUCUGACAGGGAGACUGGCCGCUGAUGUCGCCCGCGAUGAGGGAUUGGUUGGAUAUAAGCCGCGAGGCGGCUGGAAGGGCAUCACGGAUUGA